AUGCAGUACUCAACUAUAUUAAUCACCUUGGCUACUUUUGCCACUACUUUCGUCAUGGCUGAAAACGAUACUGCUAUUGCCAACGGUACUGCUGCUACAAAUGGUACAGGUGCAACUAACGGUACUUCCUCCUCCUCCUUAGCUGGUGUUGCUGGUGCCUUACAAUUGGGCACUGCUGGUACUAUUGGUGCUUUAGCUGCUGGUGCCGUUGCUUUGAUUAUCUAG